AUAAUUUAUUCAAUAUUGAGUUCAGAGUAAAAUUGAAAUUUCAAAAAAGUCAAUGACCACAUAGAUUAAGUGGUACUAAUUAGCUAAUAUCAAACUUUAAGAGAUGCAUUAGUAAUUUUCCAAACUAAAAAGACUUGGUUGCAAUUAAAAAGACUUGGUUGCAAUUCAUAUUCCCUCCAUGCUCUCUCUCUCUCACACACACACACACACACACCAAAAGCCAAAACCCCAGAGGCCAGACCCCAAAACCCCCAAAAAUCACCAACUCCAUCACUCAACAAUGGCAAUCACCUCCUCCCACCCCAUACAAAUCCACAAACUCCCCCAGCACACGUACAUCGACGCGCUCCGGUGGCUGCCCCAUCUCUCCACCUUCACGCGCCACAUCAUACUCGCCACCUACGACUCCGACACCUCCACCCCGCUCCUCCAAACCUGCACUCUCUCCUCCCCUUCCCAAACCACCCCUUCACUCACCCCGCAAUCCACCGCCGCCGCCCCUUCGAGAAUCACCUCCCUCAAAGUCUGCCCCUCCCCCUCAGCCCCCUCCAAACCCCUCGUCGCCGCCGCGACUGUCUCCGGUGCGGUGCUCUUCUAUUCAGCCGAUCUGGUAAACGGGUCUCUGAAUUUCGAGUUCUCCGUGCCGGAAAAGGGGUUUCAUUCGGGCCCCGUUUCCGGGAUCGAUUUGAAUGAUAAUGGGUUGGAGUGUGUGAGCGUUGGGGAGGAUGGGAGGGUUAAUUUGGUCAAUUUGUCUGUGAACAAGGGUUUCAGGAGGGUUUUCGACAGUAAUGGGUUGGUUUCGUAUAGUUCCGUUAAGUGGGCUUCGCCUUUCGAAUUCGUCACCGGUGCGUUCGGAUUCGGCCUUCAUUUGUGGGAUCAGCGGAAACCCGGUGGACCGGUUGCUUUGUUCAAGGACAAUUGGACAGGAGGAACUGCUUCCGGCAUCGUACAUUCCAUCGAUAUUCAUCCAUCACGCAAGCACACUUGCCUUGCAGGAGGAUCUUAUGGUACUGUAUUUGCAUGGGAUACACGUUGGCCGAAAAAACCUAUUUUAUUAUCCGGGCUUGGUGUUAAUGAAAAUCCACAUGCAAAUUCACUCGUAGAAAGCGACAUAUGGGAGGUUCAGUACGACAACUAUACACACCCGUCCAAUAUUAACUCAUCUUCUUCGUCUAAGAUCCUUCCUGCUAUGAUUUGUUCCGAAGAUGGAAUUCUUGCCGUGAUUGAACAAGGUGAAGAACCGACCGAGCUUUUGGCUGAGCCCUGUGCAAUAAAUAGCUUCGAUAUCGACAGACAAAAUCCAUCGGAUGUGAUGUGCAGUUUAGAGUGGGAAUCGAUAGCCAUCAUAACGAGGCCGUAAGUUUGACUCUGGCCGGCAUUCUUAUCGUGACAAAGUGUCGAUGAAAUUGACUGUGAACUUAUGUUUAGUUAUGUUAUAUACUCUUUAUAUUAUUGUUAUGCAGUUGUGGAGUUUGAUUU